UGUUGGGUGAAGAGAUUCGAAGGUCGGUUCCACCAGAAGACGACGGCGGAUUCCUCUUUACCAAUUGUCGAUUGGCUUUACUGGAAGAUUCAUGCUGACGCUGUUUUCGAGCUUACUUCAUUGGGUCAACCGUCCUCCUCGUCCUUUGGACAGGUUUCGUUACGGGCCCAGAAGCAACAGAUAGCUCCUCCCCAGCAACCAGACCCACAGAAACAGCCGCAACAACACCAGAUACCGCAGUGCGACCAACCGAUUUCACAGGCUGGACGGGAACUUGUUCAGCCGGUUCAGGUGAUCACGGGUGUAUGCUCAGAGCUGGAGUCGACAAGAGCAUGCAACCCAUCUGGUCCGGCCAGACGGAUUCCGUCGUCAUCCGUCAACUCUGGCAGUUACGUGUUGUUCGCGGCAACUCGCGAUCCGAACGAGUAUGCCUCUUCCAAACCACAACAUGACUGUUUUUCAUCUGCCUCCUCCCUCAAGACGACCGCUAUCACAGCUUCUGAAAGAAAAGUGGAUACGAAUCAUGGUUACUCAGGGACCAGUAACGGAACGUCAGCGGAAGUAUUCGAUAUGGGGAGAGGUCGCGGUUGUGCCUUGCGCGACAACGCUGAAGGAUGCGUGUCAGGCUGGCGAAACUUCAUGCCCAUCCCUUCAGGAGUUGAUCUGUCGGCUGGCGGUCCACGCAACAGGUUGGCUGGAAGAGGCUUCCCAAGGUACAUGAACAUUAAUGCAGCCUAUUGUGAUCGGAGUCCAGAUCUGCAAAGGUCUCAGGCCAGCCACCAAAAGGGUAGACAAACCGAUCAGGAACAGCUCUCAAAUCCUCGCUUCUGUUUUCACAAUGGCUCGCAUCAUCACAGAGAAACCAAUACCUCACAUAAGCACCUCAUGAGUCUGCUGAACGAGACCUGGUUCACAAACAAUCAACAACACCAUUAUCCUCCCACGUUGUUGGCACCGGAGCGUGCCAGUAAUGCGGCAAUCACCAGAACUCCGAUGCAUCUCAAUGCAUUUACUGCUUUAGAGGGUGUCGGUGAAGAUGCCACUUCCAUCGGCUCCUUGACUCCUCCUUCAGGUGAGUAUUUU